CGAACAUUUCCAAAAAUGCUGUAUUGCAAUUGGACUGGAGGUUAUAAGUGGUCUACUGCUCUGGCUCUCAGGCACGGUGGCCUCAAACAGCUGGUGACUCAAGGGGUCUCAGAUGUGCAUGCGAUCACCAAGUCGGGCCUGGUCUGCAGGACUGAGAGUCUCAGCUGGCUCAUGCUAGAGUCACUCCACUUACUGCAGCCACCUACCUGAGACUGCUGGGGACACACCAGUCAUCUGAAAGAUUGGAAGCCUGGAAAAUUACUACCAUUUUUAUCACAGCAAGACCUUCAAGAGAUCCACCUUGAGUAGCAGAGGCCCUCACACCUUCCUCCGAAUGGACCCCCAGGUGAAGUGGCUCCAGCAGCAAGAAGUCAAGCGCAGGGUGAAGCGACAGGCGCGAGGUGACCCCCAGGGCCCUCAUUUCAAUGACCCUAUUUGGUCCAACAUGUGGUACCUGCACUGCGAGGACAGGAACAGCCGCUGCCGCUCGGAAAUGAACGUCCAGGCGGCCUGGAAGCGGGGCUUCACGGGCAAGAACGUCGUGGUCACCAUCCUGGACGACGGCAUCGAGAGGAACCACCCCGACCUGGCCCCAAAUUAUGAUCCCUAUGCAAGUUAUGACGUCAACGGAAACGAUUAUGACCCAUCCCCGCGAUAUGAUGCCAGCAAUGAAAACAAGCACGGCACGCGCUGCGCAGGGGAAGUCGCCGCCUUGGCCAACAACUCCUACUGCAUCGUGGGCAUCGCGCACAACGCAAAGAUCGGGGGCGUCCGCAUGCUGGACGGCGACGUGACCGAUGUGGUGGAGGCCAAGUCGCUGGGCGUCAGGCCCAACUACAUCGACAUCUACAGCGCCAGCUGGGGCCCCGACGACGACGGGAAGACGGUGGACGGGCCGGGCCGGCUGGCCAAGCAGGCCUUCGAGCACGGCAUUAAAAAGGGCCGCCAGGGCUUGGGGUCCAUUUUCGUCUGGGCCUCCGGGAACGGCGGGAGAGAGGGGGACCACUGCUCCUGCGAUGGCUACACCAACAGCAUCUACACCAUCUCCGUGAGCAGCACCACCGAGAACGGCUACAAGCCCUGGUACCUGGAGGAGUGCGCGUCCACCCUGGCCACCACCUACAGCAGCGGGGCCUUCUACGAGCGGAAAAUUGUGACCACGGAUCUGCGUCAGCGCUGUACUGAUGGCCACACGGGGACCUCGGUGUCGGCCCCUAUGGUGGCGGGGAUCAUCGCCUUGGCUUUGGAAGCAAACAACCAGUUGACCUGGAGAGACGUGCAGCACCUGCUGGUGAAGACGUCCAGGCCGGCCCACCUGAAAGCGAAUGACUGGAAAGUCAACGGCGCUGGUCACAAAGUUAGCCAUCUGUAUGGCUUUGGCUUGGUGGAUGCAGAAGCCCUCGUCCUGGAGGCAAAGAAGUGGACAGCCGUCCCCUCGCAGCACACGUGUGUCGCCGUCACCGACAAGAGGCCCAGGAGCAUCCCCGUGGUGCAGAUCCUGCGGACCACCGCCCACACCACCGCCUGCGCCGACCACUCAGACCAGCACGUGGGCUACCUGGAGCACGUGGUGGCCCGCAUCUCCAUCUCCCACCCGCGCCGAGGGGACCUGCAGAUCCACCUGAUUUCCCCCUCCGGAACCAAGUCCCAGCUGUUGGCAAAGAGGCUGCUGGACCACUCCAACGAAGGCUUUUCAAACUGGGAGUUCAUGACCGUGCACUGCUGGGGAGAAAAGGCCGAGGGGGAGUGGACCCUGGAUAUCCAAGACGUGCCGUCCCAGGUCCGCAACCCGGAGAAACAAGGGAAGCUGAAGGAAUGGAGCCUGAUCUUUUACGGGACGGCCGAGCACCCGUACAACACCUUCAGCUCCCACCAGUCCCGCUCCCGGAUGCUGGAGCUCUCCACCCCGGAGCUGGAGCCCCCCAAGACCGCUCUGUCGCUGUCGCACACCGAGGGUCCCGAGGACGAAGAGGACUACACAGCUCCUUCCUCCUACGGCUCUCCUAAUAUUUUACAGACCAGUAUGUGCCACCCGGAGUGUGGGGACAAGGGCUGUGACGGCCCCAACGCAGACCAGUGCCUGAACUGCGUCCACUUCAGCCUGGGCAGCGCCAAGACCAGCAGGAAGUGCGUGAGCCUGUGCCCCUUGGGCUACUUUGGGGACACAGCAGCAAGACGCUGUCGCCGGUGCCACAGGGGGUGUGAGACCUGCUCAGGCAGGAGCCCCACCCAGUGCCUGUCCUGCCGCCGCGGGUUCUACCACCACCAGGAGAUGAACACGUGCGUGAGCUUCUGUCCUGCCGGGUUUUACGCUUUGGAAAGCCAGAAAAAAUGCCUUAAGUGCCACCCGAGCUGUAAGAAGUGCGUGGAUGAGCCCGAGAGAUGUACCGUCUGUAAGGAAGGGUUCAGCCUCGCCCGAGGCAGCUGCAUUCCGGACUGUGAGCCGGGCACCUACUUCGAUUCGGAGCUGAUCACCUGUGGGAAGUGCCACCAGACCUGCAAGACCUGUGUGGGGCCCAGCAAAGAAGAAUGUAUCCACUGUGCCGCCAACUUCCACUUCCAGGAAUGGACGUGUGUGCCAGCCUGCGGCGAGGGCUACUACCCCGAGGACAUGCCGGGCUUGCCCCACAAAGUGUGCCGCAGGUGCGACGAGAGCUGCUUGAGCUGUGAGGGCUCCAGCAGGAACUGUAGCCGCUGCAAGACGGGCUUCAUGCAGCUGGGGACCUCAUGCAUCACCAACCACACCUGCAGCAACGCCGACGAGACCUUCUGCGAGAUGGUGAAGUCCAACCGGCUCUGCGAGCGCAAGCUCUUCAUCCAGUUCUGUUGCCGCACGUGCCUCCGGGCCGGACUCCAGACGGGAGCCCGGGGAGCCCACGGUGUCGGAGCAGCUUCUGGGACCUCAGUUUACUGAAUCUUCAAGACCAAAGCAGAAAGUCAAGCCACUUGGCCUCACACGUCACCCUUUCCCUGGGCUUUCGAGCGUCUCCAUAGUCAGUGCCAGUCACGUCCAGCCGCAGAACCUGCUGUCCCCACGCGCUGAAGGGCCGAGCCCCUCCCCUGCUCCUGCCGCUCCCACGGCAGUGAGGGACACGGCUUGGUCAGGCUGCAAGUAAGAUAGAUUUGGAGGCAGAAAAUGUCUGGCCACUUGGGACAGAGCAUCUGUAUCUAUGUAGUCAGUGACUUUUUAAACCGCUGCGAUGGCCGAGAAAGUCAGAUUCCAAACCCUCUCCUUUGAGGGAGCCAAGCGCCCCUUGUCACCACCCUCUGUCUGUGUCUCCGGGAGUCUCAUGGCCCGAAUGUCCCCUCCACCCGAUGCAGAGCCGUCUCAGGAGGGUCCCCAGGUGGAGUCCCGGAGGCCAACCCAAAGGUAGCCCGUGGCCGAGCAAUUCCCGACCAGGGUGUAAGGCCAGCCCGGGAAUUGUUAACCCCCCGUGUCCCGUUUCGUGGAAUUGCUGUUCAAACACAUGUGGCCUCUGCUCCCCGGGGACUUGUCCAGGUGGCUGUCCAUGUCCGUGUGGACUGCGGGCCUGACGACUCGUUCUGCCGAACCUGUGUAGGCAUUUUAUAAGCUACAUGUUCUGAUUUUUACCGAUGUUAAUUAUUUUGACAGAUAGUUCAUAUAUUUUCAUUGAGAUGCACAGAUCUGCUUGAUCGACUCCCUGUAACACGGGAGCAACAUUUGCCUUAAAUUUUGUCGAGCUUGCACUUCUCCAUUGGUCCUGCUCCCCCGCUGACUGUCACGCAUCCGACUCGUCCCUGUGAGCUGGGGGAACCCCGCGGGUGUUGAUCGAAGCCACACCUCCGAAGACGAAAUCCACAGAGCAGAACAGUGUUAACCCUAAAUUAAUAAAAGAGUUAACAGCCCACA